CAUUUCGGUAACACCACUGAUAGAACUUGCAUCAUGUCGGGAAUUGUGCUUUACGGAUUGGACAUCAGCCCACCGGUGAGGUCCUGCCAGCUGACCCUGCGGGCCCUGGAGCUGGACUACGAGUUCAAGGAGGUGGAUCUGCUGGCUGGCGAUCACAAGAAGGAGGAGUUCCUCCAGAAGAAUCCCCAGCACACCAUUCCCCUGCUGGAUGACAAUGGAACCCUGAUCUGGGACUCCCAUGCCAUUGUCUGCUACUUGGUGGACAAGUAUGCCAAUUCGGAUGAGCUGUAUCCCAAGGAUCUGGUGAAGCGGGCCCAGGUUAACCAGCGCCUGUACUUCGAUGCCAGUGCCCUGUUCAUGGCUCUGCGGAAUGUCUGUGCUCCGUAUUUCUACGAGAAUGUCACCGAGAUAUCCAAGGAGAAGGCCAACAACAUCCGGGAUGGUUACGGCCAUCUCGAGACCUUCCUCGGCGAGAAUUCCUUUGUGAAUGGAGAGACCCUGACGGUGGCGGAUUUCUGCUGUGCGGCCACCGUGUCCUCGCUUCCGGCCUUCGUGGAGCUGGACGCUGAGAAGUAUCCGAAGAUCACCGCCUGGCUGGAGCGCCUCCAGGAGCUGCCCUUCUACGAGGAGGCCAACGGGGCGGGGGCCAGGAAGUACGUGGACUUGUUGAAGGACAAGCUGACUCUCCUGUAAGCAGGUCGUUCCCACAAUUACCGAGUGUCCUGGGACAUUUAUUUUUCAGUCCAACUAAUUAAAGAAAGUUGUUGAC